ACAACAGGAGUGCAAAAUGGCGGAGCCCCCGAACCCGAUACGCGGCCCCGCUGCCGCCGUCUCGGAGAAAGAAUCGCUUAGCAGGCUGCAGUCUUCUUCCCGAGAUUCACUAGGUUCCCUGUCCGCCAAGAAGGUCCGGACCGAGGAGAAAAAGGCGCCGCGGAGGGUGAACGGGGAAGGGAACAGCGGCGGGAACAGCAGGCAGCCGCAGCCGCCAGCGGCACCUUCGCCUCAGAGCUACGGCAGCCCGGCGUCGUGGAGCCUCGCCGCCCUGUCCGCCGUUCCCUCCGCGUCAUCUCGGAGCUGUGUGUCCUUCUCCCCGGGCGCGGCCAUCUCCUCUGCAGCCUCCGUUUCCCCGUCUCCGUCGGCGCCGCGCACCCUGCUGGUGCCCCCGGCGCUGCUGCACGCCCCGCCGCCCCGUCUCCUGUUGCCGCCCGCCGCCCCGGCAGCCCCGGCCGCCGCCAAGCCGCGCAGACCCAAGGAGAAGCGCGAGAAGGAGCGGCGGAGGCACGGGCUCGGCGGGGCCGCCCGCGAGGAGAACGGGGAGCUGAAGCCGCCGCCGCGAGAUAAAGUCAAGGAAAAAAUUAAAGAUAGAGACAAAGAAAAAGAAAGAGAGAGAAAGAAACAUAAAGUAAUGACUGAGAUCAAGAAAGAGAAUGGAGAAGUAAAGAUUUUGCUAAAAAGUGGGAAGGAGAAACCAAAAACAAAUGUAGAAGACUUACAAAUUAAAAAGGUAAAGAAGAAAAAGAAAAAGAAACACAAAGAAAAUGAAAAACGAAAGCGGCCAAAAAUGUAUAGCAAAUCUAUUCAGACCAUCUGUUCAGGAUUGCUGUCUGAUGUUGAAGAUCAAGAAACCAAAGGCAUCCUAGGUGAUACCAUAAAGGAUUGCAUUGGAAAGAAUUUGGAUACCAAGAACAACGAAUCUAAAAUUCCAGAGAACAGUGAGUUUCCAUUUGUCUCAUUAAAGGAACCACGCGUUCAGAAUAGCCUCAAAAGGUUGGACAUACUGGAGUUUAAGCAGCUUAUUCAUAUUGAGCACCAGCCUAAUGGAGGAGCAUCAGUUAUCCAUGCCUACAGUAAUGAACUCUCCCACCUGUCUCCUAUGGAGAUGGAGAGGUUUGCAGAAGAAUUUGUGGGUCUAGUGUUCAGUGAAAAUGAAAACUCUUCAGCUUUCUAUGUUAUGGGUAUUGUUCAUGGGGCAGCUACUUAUUUACCUGACUUUUUAGACUACUUUUCAUUUAAUUUUCCCAAUUCACCAGUGAAAAUGGAAAUAUUGGGAAAGAAAGAUAUAGAGACAACGACUAUGUCUAAUUUUCAUGCUCAGGUAAAAAGAACCUAUUCUCAUGGUACUUACAGAGCUGGGCCAAUGCGACAAAUAAGUUUGGUGGGAGCAGUUGAUGAAGAAGUGGGAGAUUACUUCCCUGAGUUCCUUGACAUGUUGGAAGAUUCACCAUUUUUAAAAUGUACAUUACCAUGGGGGACACUUUCUAGUCUAAAGCUAGAGAAUCGCAAAGAUAGUGAUGAUGGUCCCAUCAUGUGGGUACGUCCAGGAGAACAAAUGAUCCCUGUGGCUGAUAUGCCAAAGUCACCCUUCAAAAGGAAAAGAACUACCAAUGAAAUAAAAAACCUUCAGUAUCUACCUCGAACCAGUGAGCCUCGGGAGAUGCUCUUUGAAGACAGAACAAGAGCCCAUGCAGAUCAUAUAGGACAAGGUUUUGAACGACAGACUACAGCUGCUGUUGGUGUGCUGAAGGCUGUGCACUGUGGAGACUGGCCUGAUCAACCCCGAAUAACCAAAGAUGUGAUAUGCUUUCAUGCUGAAGAUUUCUUAGAAGUAGUUCAACGAAUGCAAUUAGAUUUACACGAACCUCCACUAUCUCAGUGUGUCCAGUGGGUUGAUGAUGCAAAACUUAAUCAACUGAGGAGAGAAGGCAUUCGCUAUGCCAGGAUUCAACUGUAUGAUAAUGAUAUUUAUUUUAUUCCAAGGAAUGUUGUUCAUCAGUUCAAGACUGUAUCAGCUGUAUGCAGUUUAGCUUGGCAUGUUCGGCUCAAAUUAUAUCACUCUGAGGAGGAUACUUCUCAGAAUACAGCCACUCAUGAAACAAGCAUAUCACCAGAGCCCACAUCAUCAGUUCAUGGACCUCACACUGACAAAAUGAUUUGUGCUGUAAGCAAAACUGCAUUGGAUUCUGUUCUUUCAGACAAAGUUCAUUCUAAAUAUGAUUUACAGCAUCUUAAAGACGAACCUGUUGCAUCUGUAAGAAUCAAGGAAGAAGCCGUGAAUGUUUCUAUUUCUGAAAAGACUAGAGCACUGAAUAAUAUGGAUGGCAAGAAUGUUAAGGCAAAAUUGGAUCAUGUUCAAUUUACGGAAUUUAAGAUAGACUUGGAUUCUAAAUUUGAAAAUAGCAAAGAAUUAAAGGAAGAAUUGUGUCCUAGAAGUCUUACAAGUCUAGCUGACACAAGGCAACAGAGUUCUAUACACUCAAAUCAAGAUAGAAAAGAUGACAUUUUGUACUAAAUUUUGUAUAUAGCAUUAAUUUUUUAAAUAAUGUAAUAAAGAUAUGAAAUCUGGAAGCAAGCUCAGGACUUGCUCUUGAGUCUGUUACAAAAUAUAGUUUAUGUAGCUUUGUAACAUUCCUCAGUGCCUGUCCCUAACUGUGAAGUAUCAAGCACUUAAGGCCAGAUGCACUGUAACAUUGCAGGUUUAAACAUAAAGGAGUCUUUAAAAAAAUCAUUUGAGUUGGAAUUAUAGAUUUUAGAAUAGAGUUGACAUUAAUAUACACACAUGCACGUGUGUGCGCAUGUGCACACACACAAAUUUUGUAAUAUGAGCCAGAAUUCUUUUUUGAAAGCUUUGCCAUAAAGCUUAUUUAUACCAAUUUUUGUUUUUCAUUUAAAAUGUGUUAGCACUGUAGUGUAAAUAGCUUUUUAAAAAUCUUUUUAGUAUAAUUUAUAUGGAAAUGUGAGCCACUUGAUAAAGGUUCAUAAUAAUAUGGUUUUUGUUGGGUCUGCAAAGACAAACUGACAAUUCACCUGAAUUAUGUUUGAUAUGCUUCUCUUUGCUGAUAUAUACACAUAUAUGUAUAUAUAUACACACAUAUACAUAUAUGUGUAUAUAUACAUAUGAACAGAGAGAGCAUGGUAAUGGAGUAUAAAUGUAUGUAUUCAAAUCUAGUAAAUAUUUAAAUUCCCCACACUGUGCAAGUAUUUUAAGAAAACAAGAUUCAUUUAUGAAAGAAUAUAUGUGUGUUUAUGUAUGAGAAUGUAUAUAUGUAUAUCAUAUUUUGCACAAUUUCUUAAGUUACCUUGUAAGAUGAAACUUAUGUGAAACUUCUUAGCCCUAUUUCCUAAAACACAUUUAGAAAUAUUUAUAUUCAACAUUAAGAAAGCAGUUAAGUAAUAGAAAUAGUUUUAGAAAGUUGAGGAGAAACAGGUAUGCUAAUGAUAUCUAAUUCUUCUAACUAAUAAAGUGAUGUGGCCAGAUUACUUAGCUAACAUACCUUUUCUUUGUUGUGUAUGGAAUAAAAAAUUAAGAGAAUUUUCUAAUAAGCACCUGUGCUAUACUUAGUGGUAGUAAGUAAAAACAUCUUUAAUCACAGAAAGUUUAAUGUGAGCAAGUAAAACUCUUAACAUUUUUCUUUCAGGAGAGAAAUAUGACAAUAACAAAAUUGAAAAAUAAGGGCAAUGACUCAACUGCCAUAUUCAGAGUUAACUAACAAAAACUGUUUCCAUCUCUUUCUCAGGAUCCCCUCCCUGCCCUAACAAGGCAAACCACUCCUUUUCUAAAGAAGUUCUAGAAAGUAAAUUGUGGUAGGAAACAGGAUUAUCAGUGCCUAACUAAACAUAUGUAAAACAAAUCUCUUCAAUGUGGACUUCAUCAUGAUUUCAGAUUGUUUCCAUUUCUGUAAUGAAAAGCCAAACUGUCUUUUGUUAUUCAUGGAUGUAAGGAAUCCUACUCAUUGCAACUCUAUUUUGUUUGUUCUUGUAUUAUUUGGUUGACUCUCAGUUGGUGUUUUUUUUUACUGCUUUUGUGGAGGCUGUUAUUUUAGUUUCAGUGGUUUCUGGCCUGUCCUCAUUUGUGCUGCCAAUCAAAAUUCCUAUUUGUAAUUAGGUCAUUUUAGAAAAAAGCAUUUGAACAGAAAAAUAAAACUCAACUACAACAAUGGUAUUAGUUCUGGCUGCCAGAGAGGAAAUUUGACAGUAUAUAGGAAAUCAGUGUGCGACGGGAAGUUUCAUGGGGUAGGGAAGGUAUAAAUCAUGAUACUGUAAAUAGGAUUUGUUUUUAUACAUCACUAUCCUUUUUCUGACCUAUUUAUUCUUCUGUUUUAAACUGAAUUUCAGGAUUUGCACCUACUUUCUUAGAAGAUACAAGUUCUUAAGCUAGUAUUCAAAAGCAGAAAAAGAUGUCAUUAUGCUUUCUUUUUUUUUUUUUUAAAUUGAAGGUGAUACAUUAGCAAGGUAUAUUUCCAGGUUUCCAGUAGCAUUAACAUAGAUACUGUAAGAAAAUACCUUUAAGGUAUCACUACAAAGUUGUGAGCCUUAACUUUUUAACUUAAAGCAAAGCAUGUCUAAAACAUAAUGGUUAAAAAUUAUAGUUGUUGCUUUCAGGCAUAGUUUAUUAAUUUACCCAUAAUUUGAAAUUUUAACUGCUUUGUAAAAUGCAUACUUCUUUGUGGAGUUGAAGUAUACAUACACAAAUAGGCUCAAGAUUCCAAGAGAAAGCCUUGUUAUCGCCUUGAAUAAUACUAUGUUUCUUAUCUUACGGGUUAUACUUUCAAAGUCCUCUUGAGAUGCUGAGAACUUGUUGACUACUUUUGUUACACACAUAAAAAUUUCUAUUUUCAUACUGCAUUAUAUUAGUGGUUUCCAGUUAGUACAUUCCAGUUCUGAAUACAGGUUUUUGCUUUUAUUUCCAAUAACUUGGACCAGAACAAUAAAGCACGUAUGAUAUCAUU